AUGUCCGCGACUGACUACAUCAGCAAAGCUGGGGUUUUGGUGGAGGAAUUCACUCUCGCCGGCCGACAUAUGACACUUGAAGAACAAAACCUUUACGUUCUUCAGGGGUUACGACCAGAGUUCAGGGGUUUCAUGUCGUCUCUCAACGUGCGUUGCCAGCCAAUUACUCUCCAAGAACUUGCGGAUAUCUUGGGCUCGGAGGAAUUUAUGACGUGCGGUGGUCCCGGAGGUGGCUCGCCGGCCGCUUUCACGACGCAAAAGGGCGGCCAGAAGGGCCGCGGUUCCGGGUGCAGUAACGGUGGCCGUGGUUCUGGCCAGAACAACGGUCAAAACAGCGGCCAAACUGGCCAGCCGCGUGGUGGUGGCGGCGGCCACGGGCGUGGUGGCGGUCGCCGUGGUGGAAGACGCAACGGCAACUGGCAACCCAAGUGUCAACUUUGUCAUGUGUUAGGUCAUACUGCUUCCACAUGCCAUCUUUGGUGUGCCAUGGAUCCUCAGGCUAAUGUCAUUUAUCAAGAAACUCCUUCGGAUCCUCAAGGUUCUCACACUUGGCUUCCAGAUACAGGUGCCACCAAUCAUACCACUCCGGACAUCGAUGUUCUUUCCUUCUAG